GCCGCAACCUAGCUAGCCUCACAUGAAAUCCUUGAGCAUCUCUCAAGUAUUUGUUGUGCGCUCCUCCUGUCCACAAGCUGCCUCACUCCACACUUCAAACCUACAAAGUCGCAGCUCACUCUCUAUCUCCCAGACGGACUCCGGGCCAGCUGCCUUCCACUCUCCAGCUCUCAGAUCAUGAUGAACCCACACCACCAGCCGCUGCCGUCCGGCCACCCCCACCCAUCCGCGGCGGCGACGGCGCCAGUGGAGAUGGACCCGCGCGUGUGGCGCCGGCUUCCGCAGCCUCUGCUGGACCGCGUUCUGGCGUGUCUGCCGACGCCGUCCUUCCUCCGCGCCCGCGCCGCCUGCCGCCGCUUCUACCACCUCAUCUACUCUUCUCCGUUCCUCCACUCCCACCUCCUCCUCUCCCCGCACCUCCCCUUCUUCGCCUUCGUCAUACCCUCCGCCGACCACCUCCUCCUUCUAGACCCCAACGGCCAUUGGUUCCUCCUCCCUCUCCCCAUUCCGGUGCCGGCCGCUGCUGGCGGCGGAUUCUCGGCUGCGGCCGCGUCUGCGGGCCUGCUCGCGUUCCUCUCCGGCGCGUCGGGGCACAAGACGCUGCUCCUCGCCAACCCCAUCACGCGCCUCCUCGCCGCGGUGCCGCUCGGCCCCACGCAGCGCCUCUCCCCCACCGUCGGCCUCGCCGCCGGACCGACGUCCAUCAUCGCCGUCGUCGCCGGCGACGACCUCGUGUCGCCAUUCGCCGUCAAGAACAUCUCCGCCGACACCUUUGUCGCGGACGCGGCCUCCGUCCCGUCCUCCGGUUUCUGGGCCCCUAGCUCGCUCCUCCCCCGCCUCUCCUCCCUCGAUCCUCGUGCCGGAAUGGCCUUCGCCUCAGGAAGGUUCUACUGCAUGAGCUCGUCGCCGUUCGCUGUUCUGGUGUUCGACGUGGCGGCGAACGUGUGGAGCAAGGUGCAGCCACCGAUGAGGCGGUUCCUGCGCUCGCCGGCCCUGGUGGAGCUCGGCGGCGGCAGGGAGGGAUCGGGUUCACCCAGGGUAGGCCUCGUCGCGUCCGUUGAGAAGAGCCGCCUCAGCGUGCCGAGGAGCGUGCGCGUGUGGACGCUGCGCGGCGGCAGCGGGCAGGGAAGCGGCGGCGCAUGGAGCGAGGUGGCGCGGAUGCCGCAGGACGUGCACGCGCAGUUCGCAGCGGCCGAGGGCGGGCGCGGAUUCGAGUGCGCCGCUCACGGCGACUUCGUCGUGCUCGCCGCCCGGUGCGCGCCUGGGGCGGGACCAGUGCCGGCGAGUGUGCUCGUGUUCGACUCGCGCCGCGACGAGUGGAGGUGGGCGCCGCCCUGCCCGUACGUCGGCGUGGGCGGCGUGGGCGGCCCGGGGUUCCGGGUGCUCGCCUACGAGCCCCGCCUCGCGACGCCGGCCAUCGGCCUCCUGGACGCCACGACACCGGUUGCUUUGCAUGGCAUGCAUGGUUAGAUUUAUGUGAUUUCAUAAUUGCAGCUCGUGUCGGAUCUUUAAUUAGCUUAAUAGUUAAUGCAUCGAAGGAAUUUAUUAUGUUAUGUUAUAAGUACUCGAACGAUGUAUGGAUAAUAAUUUCUUA